AUGUUGUAUGGCAUGCUGCAUGCUGUGCUGUGCUUUGUGUUGUGGCUGUCCACGACGCUGCAAGGGCUAUGGAGGAGCGUGCGUGAGCUGUACAUGCUACCACUCGCCUUCUCGGGACUCUCAGUUAGGCAAAUACAGCAGCGGGCGCGCAGAUGGCAGAAAAUACCUGCCCACAUCUGCUUGGCAGUGACGGAUGGCCCUGUCACCUACGAACCGCUGGCCCGCCUCGUCAUGUGGUGCAUGGCAUCAGGCGUCAAACACAUCACCAUAUGGGACAACCAAGGGCUGUGCAAGGGAUCGUCGAGCCUGCUGCGUCAAUAUUUGCAAAAGGCGCAUGUGGCGUACUUUGGGAGCUCGUGUGCAAGCCACCCGCUUGUGUUUGACGAAGCAAUACUGGCUGCAUCGCAAAAGCGGCCGUGUGCUUCCACAACUCCCGAAGAAGAAGGGUGCAAGGGAGCAGAUGUGCAGUCGGGAACUGGCACUCGCAUACACUUUUGCGACGACGACGAAGGCAGACCGGCCAUCGUCAAAGCGGUACAAGAGGCGGCGCGCCUGCAGAGGAAUGUUGAUGUUGCGUGGCUCGACGCAAAGCUCACAGCGACUGUGCCUGAACUUGAUCUUGUGCUGAUGUUUUCGCGGGAACCCGUCCUUCACGGCCUCCUGCCCUGGCACAUGCGCGUUGCUGAGAUCUUGUUCUGUGGGCCUCAUCGCCACGUAACUGCCCGCACGUUUAUUCGCGCCAUGAACUCGUUUUCUAGGUGUGAGCAGCGCUUUGGCAGGUGA